UAUAUAAGACGAGUUGACGGAGAGAAGCAAGGCCUGAGUCUGCAGAGAUCUAUCUAGUCUAGGAACGAGGGAGUAGUCCAUCACAGACACGAGAAUGGAAGGGAAACUACCGGAGGACUUCGGGGAGGUGGAGCUGACACCACCAGAUUGGCUCCCCGAUGGCUGGGUUAUGGAGGUCAAACGUGGUGAGGAUGGGACCCUCUAUCAGUACUUUGUUUCUCCCGUGUCAGGGUCCAGAUUCAGCAUGAAGUCUGAGGUACUGAACUACCUCUUCUCCGAGAUGGACGAGCACUGGAUAGCGUCUAAGAAGUCCGCUGAACGUGGCAACAUGCUUACGAAGGCCCACGAAUGGCUUCCAAAUGGGUGGCAGAUUGAGAUUAGAGCUGGGGGAGAGAACAUGGAUAAGAUGUUCAAGUUUUAUAUUUACCCUGAAAUGGGAGUACGCGUAUUCUCUAAAGAAGAUGUACUGCUCUAUGCUAAGGAAAUGAAGAUCACUGAAUGUGAUACAGAUGGACAAUGCGACACAAACUCUCUAGAUAAUAUUCUAGCCUUGGUUGAGUUCAACCCACCAAAGCUGCCGCAAGGAUGGGUCAAAGAAAUAGUAUACAGAAAAACGAAGAUGGGAAUAAGGAAAGACCCGUACUAUACGGAUCCUGUUAGCCAGUAUGUCUUUCGUACUGUGAAGGGUGCAUCUCGCUUUCUUGCAACAGGAAAUGUCUCAAAACUUCAAUUUAUUCAAAAGACAAGUGUCCAUGACUUGUACUCUUUUGAAAAAUCCGCUGAUCUGCAUGAGAGUUUGCGCAAGAGACUAGGAAAUAAUUCGAAGGAUGCUAAAACACAUAGACGUUCACCAAAGCCUAGAAGAUCAGCACAACGGGAGAAAAUAAAGUGCAAUGGCCUAACAUUGUAUAGCAGUAUAGCCGAAGACACCGACAGUGACACCUCUAUAGACUCGGUUUCACCCAAUGAGCACGAAAACAUCAAGAACACAUGCGUGAAGACUAAAAGGGGAGAAUCAAGCUCCUCCAUGACUAUCAAGCGUCCAAGAGGGAGACCACGCAAAGUGGUGAAAGAGCUCAUGGAACAUAAAGAAGGCUAGGACCAAAAGACAAGUCAAACAACAUACUGGCUGAUUAA